CAUCGCCAACCACCAACUAAUCCUACAGCAUCCCCCGAGACUCCUCGCAACAGUCAAGAUGCUUAUCCCCAAGGCCGAUCGCAAGCUCAUUCACGAGUACCUCUUCCGAGAGGGCGUUCUCGUUGCUAAGAAGGACUUCAACCUUCCCAAGCACGGCGACAUUGACACCAAGAACCUUUUCGUCAUCAAGGCUUGCCAAUCUUUGACCUCCCGCGGAUACGUCAAGACCCGCUUCUCGUGGCAGUACUACUACUACACCCUCACCCCCGAGGGUCUCGACUACCUCCGCGAGUGGCUCCACCUGCCCGCUGAGAUCGUUCCCCAGACCCACAUCAAGCAGCAGCGCUCUGCUCCUCCCCGGGGUAUGCUCGGUGGUGACGGCGAGCGCCGUGGUGGCCGUGGCGGUCCCCGCGGUGACCGUGGCGACCGCGAGGGUGGCUACCGCCGCCGUGAUGCUGGCGAGAAGGCUGAGGGCGCUGCCCCUGGCGAGUUCAAGCCUGAGUUCCGUGGUGGCUUCGGGCGGGGCCGUGGCGCCCCUGCUUCUUAAGCGAUUGACCUUUGCUUAAGGAGUACCGGACUAGAUACAGGAUCAUCUUUUGCUGCAUUACAAAAAGGGACAGGACCUGGUGGCAUACGGCGAAAUGAAAGGAUGAUACCACGAAUGUAUUACACGUACGAGAUGCGGCUUCGCACUCGCCGACCACUUUCACAAUGAUACCC